AUGAGUACCGAACAGGAAACACAAUCUGAAAAUAGGAAGAAUAAGGGAAAAUCCUCUCAAGUACCAUCUACUAAGGCUCAUUGGGAUGCAAAAUCAAAUGAAAUCUUUAUUAAGCUUUGUGUUGACCAAGUGAAGGUCGGACACAGACCUGGUACACACUUAGAUAGGGUCGGGUGGGAAAAUGUCAUAACUUUGUUUGAAACUAUGAAUGGAAAAACAUACCAACGACUACAAAUGAAAAACCAUUGGGAUGUGUUGAAAAAAGAUUGGCUUUUGUGGAAUAAUCUGUUAAGGGGUGAGAUAGGCUUAGGCUGUGACACAUUGACUGGAGCUAUAACUGCAUCUGAUGAGUGGUGGACCAACAAAUUAGAGAGGUAUCCUGAUGCUGCUAAAUUCCGGCGUAUGCCGUUGCAAUUUAGUGAAGACUUAGACAUACUAUUCUCAGAUGCAGCUGCUACAGGAGAAUGGGCAUACACUCCUAGUUCAGGGGUUAUGCUUGACAUUGACGACAAUGUGGAGGAAUUUCAUACCCUAUAUGAUGCUGAAUAUGAUGAUGAUGCUUUGGAGAGCAACAAGAAGAAAUUUACUGGUACAACUCUACUUAACAAGACACUUGCUCGCAUAGUCAAUGUGGUUGAGUCAUCUUCAGCAACUUCAACACAAACCUCAUCAAGAUAUCCUUCAAUUGCAGAUUGUUUGGCGAUGUUGGAAAACAUCCCUGGUGUGUCCCCGGAUGAUGAGCUGUAUGUAUGGGCCGCCCGAUUGUUCUUAGGAGACAAGCGUUGGGAGUGUUUCAUGAGUCUUCCUACGGAUGAAGUUCGCCUUAGGUUUCUAAAGUUGGAGAUUGAGAUGGAGAAGACCACCACAGGUAUUUUAAAGAUGAGUAACAGUGAUGAAGACCAAUGGAAUGAUGACCAUGAUGAUAAAGAUACUAAUGAUGAAGACAACACAUCACAAACCCAACAAAAUAAUAAUAUGCUCUUAGCUAUGGCGGCUACAGUUGCAGCGACAUAUACAAAUUAUGGCCUUCAAACUGGACGACAAUUCUCGGUUCAAGAGCAAGUUGCAAUAUUUUUGUUUAUUGUUGGCGGUGACAUUUGA